AUGGCUUAUUUCUUCAGAAGAGCGGCUGCUGGAUACUGUUAUCUCCAGACAACUCCAAACACUCAUUGGAACCCAAGCCGCGUUCCACCUAUCAGUUAUGAUAACGAGCUGACCUUUUCUUACAAGCGAUACCCAUAUACAUCCCAACAGCGCUACCAUGCCCGCUUGCCAAAAUUGCCCCUCUCUCAAUAUCGGCAGAACCUCCUCGGAAGCGAAACUCCCAUACUUGGUUCUCUUACCGCCACUGUCCUCUUAAACAAAGAAUACAAGGCCCAAAACACUGAACGUUUCCGUUUGGGCAUCUUUGUUGGCAAAACGCUAUCUGGGUUUGGCACCAGUCGCUCACGCCACUAUCUUCUUCGACUUCGAUACCUUCUCUCACAGCGGAAUUCCACAUUAUCUCUUAGAAGGAUUGCUUUUGCUAAUAGCAGCGAACAUUUACGAGCAGGGUAA